GAAGUAAACAAUGCGACUUGCGUAAAGUGCGAAGGAUGGAGUGAAUUGGGGACUGCUGGCCAUGCUGAAAAACUAUGUUGUAGGCUAGAGCACGAAGUCUGGCGCAGUCAAAGUAACUUAUGAAUUACAUCUAGAGAAACUCCAAUUUAUUUUUUCUCUUGACAUUCGUCUGAAGAAGUCUGCAUCUCUUACCUUUAUUUAAGUUCUUUGAGAGAACCGAGAGACACCCUCGUCAGUCACCAUGUUAUCUAAUAUUUCAAGGUUGGGAAGGAAAACUUUGUCUGAAGCCACAAAAAUGGUCUCGACAUCUAAGGCCCAUUGUAAAGGGGUUCAUACAAGAGGCCCCGUCUCUGCAGCAUCUUCUGCUCCAGCACCAGCAGUAGAAGGAAAAGAGAAAAACACACCUGCCACAGACAUGAGACCUUUGUACCUGGAUGCUCAAGCUACAACACCAAUGGAUCCCCGAGUUUUGGAUGCGAUGAUGCCUUACAUGAUGAGCUUGUAUGGAAACCCUCACUCAAGGACUCAUGCAUAUGGCUGGGAGAGUGAAUCGGCUGUUGAGAAAGCGAGAAAGCAAGUGGCUGAUAUUAUUGGUGCAGAUUCAAGGGAGAUUAUAUUCACCAGUGGAGCAACUGAGUCCAACAAUAUCUCUGUGAAAGGUGUGGCAAGGUUUUACAAGAGCAAAAAGAACCAUAUCAUCACCACUCAAACGGAGCAUAAAUGUGUACUGGACUCAUGUCGUGCUUUGGAAGCUGAAGGGUUUGAGGUUACCUACCUUCCUGUCCAGGAGAAUGGUAUCAUUGACUUAAAGGAGCUGGAAGCCAGUAUGCGACCAGAGACUGUGCUUGUUUCGGUAAUGACAGUCAGCAAUGAGAUUGGUGUCAUACAGCCAAUAAGUGAAAUAGGGGCUCUUUGUCGGUCAAGAAAAAUUUUCUUCCACACGGAUGCGGCACAGGCUGUUGGAAAAAUCCCCUUGGACGUGAACGCCAUGAAUAUUGACCUCAUGUCUAUCAGUGGCCACAAAGUUUAUGGUCCAAAAGGUGUGGGAGCCCUGUACGUCAGACGUCGACCUCGUGUGAGAGUGGAGGCUCUUCAGAGUGGUGGUGGGCAGGAAAGAGGCAUGCGCAGUGGGACGGUGCCCACGCCUCUCGUGGUGGGAAUGGGAGCUGCCUGCGCUCUGUCGCAAGAGGAGAUGGAGUAUGACUCGAAGAGGGUGGAAACUUUGUCCAAGCGACUGAUUGAUCAGAUAAUGGCAGAAUGUCCACAAGUGAUCAGGAAUGGUGAUUCGAAACAGACAUACCCCGGGUGCGUUAAUCUGUCUUUUGCCUAUGUGGAAGGAGAAAGCUUGCUCAUGGCUUUAAAGGAUGUGGCGUUAUCAUCAGGGAGUGCUUGCACUUCUGCAUCAUUAGAGCCUUCAUAUGUUCUCAGAGCUAUUGGUGCGGAUGAGGAUUUGGCUCACUCUUCUAUCAGGUUUGGCAUUGGAAGGUUUACAACCGAGGAAGAAAUUGACUUUACAGCCCAGAAAUGUAUCACUCAUGUGAAGAGACUGCGAGAGAUGAGUCCAUUGUGGGAAAUGGUUCAAGACGGCAUUGACCUCAAGUCAAUCAAGUGGACUCAGCACUAGGAAAAAGCAAGCUUCGUUUUUGUACAUUAGUAAGCAUAAGAGAUUGAUAUUUAUGCAGAAACCUUUGCUCUGUUCUUCAAAAAAAUUUUUGUGUAGUAUAUAUAGAGAUAAGGUGAUUCAUAAUGACACAAUGUUUGUCUGCAAGUAUGAGGAAUAAGAAGAGGAUAGAGAGAAAGUGCAUUGAAUAGUGAAGAAGCUGUGGCUUCCCUGAGCAUUCUCCGCCUACUAGCUUGGUGUGAUCUGAGAUGGGUUGUUAUUGCUGCAGUGUAACGCCCAUGUAGUCAAAGUCUCAGGGGGGUCAUUUUGAAGGUCACCUUCACCAGGUUGAGGAGAACUUGAUGAGAAAUGAUGAGGAAAAUAAUUCAAACCCUGCUGGGAAUUGAACCUCAAACUUCUAGGUAGCAGGUCAUGUUCAUGACUGAAUGGGCUGCAGCAGCAGGAUUCAACAGUUUAUUUAGUAUGGUCAGAGUUGAGUAUGGGUGGACAGUUGGAGAGAUUUCUUUUACUGGAUAUUCAAUAUAUUCAACAAAGCAGAUAUUAUCAUUACUGUACUCCAAAGACCCUCGACAAGCAUCAUCAGGCAGGCUUUAACGUGGAACCCACAAGGAAAGCUUAAGAAGGGAAGACCAAAGAUGACAUGGAGGCGAGCGGUACAAGCG